CAUCACAUGCUGUCACCCUUUCCACCUCAUCCAUUCAUCUGCCGGUGAUUCUGCCAAUCUCUCUGCGUGCUCCUCAUCACUCAUUACACACAUUCCCGAAUUCCUAAACCAAUCCCCGAUCCGAAUUCCUAUGAAUUCAAAAUCAAAUCACCCAACAUAGCUCCGUAACCAAUCUGUAACAUGUCGAAACAGAUUCGUAAACGCGGGUGUUCUUCAUCACCAACUAAGCUGUACAAUUACCGGUUUAAGCGGGCGAUUAUGGUGGGGAAGACCCGGGUUGGAGGUGGGUCCAGAUCUAGUACUCCGGCGCCGUCGUGGAGGAUGACGUCAUCAGUUGUUGGUGGUGGGGUGGAAUCGCCGAAUCACGACGGCGGAGGAGGUGGGUCCAGGGUGGUUUCCGCCAGGAAGCUGGCGGCGACACUGUGGGAGAUGAAUGAGAUGCCGUCGCCAAAGAAUCUGGAGACAAGGAGGAAGAGGAGAGAGAAGCAGCAUAGAUCUGUUCAUACUCAUUUGUCGGAUCCUUCUCAUACUCCUGUUUCUGAGAGGAUGGAUCGGUCAGGAACCGGAUCUCAACAUACGAAUUCAAUCUCUUGUAGGCACAGGAUCGAGGCCAACAAUGGUGAAGUUCUUGAUUCUCAUAGCAAUGCUAGUUUAAUGGAGAUUGAAACCAGGUCUCGGGCUCUGACUCCUAACGGUUCCGUAAACGGUAUCAAGCCGCAUUUAAAAGAAGUCAGUAGUGCCUUAACGACAUCCAAAGAGCUGCUGAAAAUCAUUCAUCGAAUGUGGGCUCACGACAAUCUUCCCUCAUCUAGCAUGUCCCUUGUAUCAGCCCUACAUAGCGAGCUAGAACGGGCACGCCUUCAGGUCAACCACAUUAUCAAAGACCAACAUGUUGACCAUACUGAAGUCAGCUACCUAUUAAAAUGCUUUGCUGAGGAGAAAGCAUUGUGGAAAAGUAAAGAAAGACGCGCAAUCGAUAGCGCGAUUGAAUCCAUUGCUGGUGAGUUAGAGGUCGAGAAAAAACUGAGACGAAGGUCCGAGAGCUUGAAUAAGAAACUCGGGCAAGAAUUAGCGGAAACGAAGGCUUCUUUCACUAAGGCGGUUAAAGAACUCGAGAGUGAAAAACGCGCGCGUGAGAUUAUGGAGCAAGUUUGUGAGGAAUUAGCGGUUGAUAUAGGUGAAGAUCGGGCUGCAGCGGAAGAAAUGAAACGGGAAUCGGUUAAAGUUCAUGAAGAAGUUGAAAAAGAGAGAGAAAUGCUUCAACUUGCGGAUAAAUUAAGAGAGGAAAGAGUUCAGAUGAAAUUAGCAGAAGCUAAGCAUCAGUUUGAAGAGAAAAACGCGCUUGUUGACAAAUUAAGGAGUCAACUUGAAACGGUUCUUGGAAGUAAGGUAAAGGGUAAGAUAAAAGGACGAAAAGACGAAGGUUUGAUGAUGUAUUUGCAUAAAAGUAAUGUUAGUGGGACCCAUUUGAUCGAAGAACAUGAUGAUGGUGAGGUUGAGGAUGAUAAAGAUUCAAGGAAGAGUGAUAUUCAUCCUACAGAACUUCAUGGUCAAAAUUUUCACAAGAAUUUGGUCAACAGUUCGGUAAAUGGUUUGGUCAAUGGCAAAGCAUCAAGAAAAAGUACAUGUUCAAUUCAAAGGAGUAUUUCAGAUGCAAAUGAAUGGGGAAUUCAGAAGACUUUUGUUGAACUUGAGAAGCAAACUCCAAGAAGAAGCCAUGGGGAUGAUUUGCAGAGAUAUAAGUCAGUCAAAGGUCUUAGGGACCGGAUUUUGACCAGUUUGAAGUCAAGAGAUUUUGACGAUUCAGGUCAACGGAGCGGGUCAAAGUCUAGAAGUGAAAGCGUCAACGGGAGACGAUCUAAAAAGUGACUUCACAUCAAGAUUGUUUUUUAGGUCAACGUUAACGCCUUUGACAGUCGUGGAUGAUUGUUACUGGAGAAUUGGGAGCUCUGAAGCAUAAUUCUAGAAGAUCAAGAUGGUGGUGAGUUGACUUUUUGGUAUUUAUUUUGAUGUAAAUGUGCAGAAGUUGCUGAACUUUAAAAAAAAAAAGAAGCUAAUGAAUUUGUAGUAUAAUACAUGUGUCAAAUUUUUGUAGAGUUGUGCCAAUCAAGUGAUUUCCCUGUACAAAAACUUUUGUUUAAUGGUAAUUAUAUCAUGAAGAAAUGUUUGCU